AUGACAGAUCCAUGCACAAUUAAUCCUUGUGUGAAUGGCGGCAAAUGUAAACUGCUGGGUAAUUCUUUCAAGUGCGAUUGCACUAAACCAUAUUUUGGAGACAAAUGCGAGAAAGAUCCAUGCACAAAUAAUCCUUGUGCGAAUGGCGGCAAGUGUAGACUGCAGGGUAAUUCUUUCAAGUGCGACUGCAUGAAGCCCUAUUUUGGCGAUAAAUGCGAGAAAGAUCCAUGCACAAUUAAUCCUUGUGCGAAUGGCGGCAAAUGUAGACUGCUGGGUAAUUCUUUCAAGUGCAAUUGCAUUAAAUCAUAUUUUGGAGACAAAUGCGAGAAAGAUCCAUGCACUGAAAAUCCUUGUGAGAACGGGGGAAAGUGUAGACUGGAGGGUAACUCUUUCAAGUGCAACUGCACCAAGCCAUAUUUUGGAGAUAAAUGCGAGAAAGAUCCAUGCACAAUUAAUCCUUGUGUGAAUGGCGGCAAAUGUAAACUGCUGGGUAAUUCUUUCAAGUGCGAUUGCACUAAACCAUAUUUUGGAGACAAAUGCGAGAAAGAUCCAUGCACAAAUAAUCCUUGUGCGAAUGGCGGCAAGUGUAGACUGGAGGGUAAUUCUUUCAAGUGCGACUGCAUGAAGCCCUAUUUUGGCGAUAAAUGCGAGAAAGAUCCAUGCACAAAUAAUCCGUGUGGAAAUGGUGGCAAGUGUAGACUGGAGGGUAAUUCUUUCAAGUGCGACUGUACGAAGCCAUAUUUCGGUGAAAAUUGCGAGAAAGAUUCAUGCACAAACAAUCCUUGCAAAAAUGGUGGUAGCUGUACUCUACAAGGAGAUUCUUUUAAAUGCAUUUGUAAAGAUCAGUUUGUUGGUGACAGAUGUGGAAAUGUUGCAGGAACUAGUUCUUCCACAACAACGGUUGAUUCCUCUAAUCUCACGAGUACUACACAAGAAAUGAGCUUAUCAACAAACAUGACUGACUCAUUCAAUUUGACGACACCUGUUGUACUUUCUACUGCAAAAGAUAUAUGCGACGAUGAUGUAUGUGUGCAUGGAAAAUGUGAAAUAAUUGGACAUUAUUAUAGAUGCAGAUGCUAUGAGGGAUAUACUGGACUACAAUGUGAAGAUAGAAUUGAAAUCAAAUCAGAUAAACUGACAUUCUGGCAGAUUAUCCAAACUUCAAUCAUGUUUUUUGUGUUAGUUCUGUUAUCUGGAGUAUUCUGUCUACUUUUGCGGAGGAAGAAGUGAAAUUCUGCUGGCCAACUAUCCUCCAGAUGAAGCAAUUCUACGAAUAAGUCAUUGAGAACCACAGAGAAAACCACCGAAUGUAUUCACAUUCAUGGGCUACACGAGUUCACGUCAUUUUUUUAAAACAACAAUAAAUACUGUAGUAUUAUGUAAUAUAUUUUCGAAUUCAGUACAUUCUUUUGACCAAUAAUAAAUAAUCUUUUAUUUUGUAAUAUUCCUUUUUGAGUCAGCAACAUAUACUUGUAACAAAAAAGCAACACUCCGGAGCCUCGUAUACUCUUUAAUAAAAGUACAUGCACGUUACAGUGCACAUACCAUUGGCGAACAAUAUGCAAAAGCAUAUUGGAGACAUUUUGGAGAUCUUUAAUGGAAUGUAACACAAAAUUUAUUUGUGAUUUAUUAUUUGUGAGCAUGUAUUAACCCCGAUUCCGCAUUUCCAACUCCAUUAUUAGUAUAUGUAUGUAUAUUAUGUAAAAUAAAUGAUAUUAAAGAGCUAAUAAUCAAAAAUAAUUCGCAAAGAAGAUAAUGUCUGUUAAAAAAAUAAGACCUCAUUUUCGACAUCUCAUUUGUGAGGAAAAUCAAAAAGAUGCCAUUAUUCUUCCAUUCUAUCGACUUAAGUACGAGAAUUUAGAGCAUAGGUUCCCAAAGUGGUCCAGUUGGACCCCCAGGGGUCCAUAGGAGAGCACACGGGGGUCCACAUAGACGUGAAAGGAAAACAGGGUUUCACAAGUUGUAAGUAGGGGUCCACGAGACAUUUUCUGGUUUUCACAAUCAAGAACAAAAAUGUUGGCUUGGAUUUACCUAUAAACGUAGGCAGGUAGCAUCAUUCACUAGGUAGGUACUCAAAAAUAUUCCAGACUCAGUUCAAACACAGAAUUGAAUAGAACAAUAGACAAUAGUACAAGUGUACACCACAUGUCGAGACUUGCAAAGUGCUGCCUGUGCGCUCGCUCGUUUGGGAUGCUUGUUUGGACCUGCAAAGGGAUGAAAUGCGAUUUGCGCUGUGCUUGCAAUCUACAUUAGUAUAAAUACGAAUGCUAAGAACUGAAGCCAAAUAUUGAUAAUUUACUGUCAAUUCAUCAAGUACAUCCGUCUCAUUAAUAAUAUAACUAUUUUUUA